UUUUUUUCCCGGGGCCCGACCCGGCUCUCGGCGGCCCUGGUUACCUAUAAUAGGUAAGUACCCUUUUUAAAAAAUCGUGAUAUAAAUUUUUACAUGAAAUUUGUAUAUAAUUUUUUAUUAAAGAUAAAAAGUAUAAAAAACCAAAAAUCAUAAAUUCACCACAAGGUAAAGUAUAAGCUCUACAUAAAACUAAAAUUUCACAUUAACAAGCGUUUAUGUAUGCUAUACCAAAAAUAAAGAAAAACCUCAAUACUUAAUUCCAUACAGGAAAUUCUUCAAUGACUGGUGUGGUGAUUCAUUAAUGAAUGGAUGAAUUUUAAGGUGACACCUUUAACGGUCUUAUUUUUGAUACCGGAGCUCUCUAAUAACGUGGUAAACAAGCUAGUUAGAAUGAAGUAGCAUGCUAUUUUUGACAAGUGACUCCAAAAUGUCGGCCCCAAGUUAGGCAACCAGUGAUACGCUCAAAAUUAAAAAAUGUCCAAAAACACAAUUUAUUCAAUAUUUUGCCACAAAAUCGUGGUUAAUUUUAGCUGAAUUUAAUCUAUUUUAUCGAGGUAGUAUUAAACCAACACGCGUCGACACUGGAAAAUUCGAUUCAUUGAUAAUACGCCGUUCCAUUCAUGCGAUUCGACUGUAUUGAUCCAAACAUCUGACACUUCUCGAGUUCUUUGAAGAAAAUCUUAACAAGCGAUGACCUACUCUACUAGCCCGACUGUUUACAAAUUCCUGUAGAGUGUAGACAUGGCCGAAUUUUCUUGCCAACAGAAUUUUCCGCGGAUUUCCUUCGGAAAGGGCGUGUAAAAAACCAUGCAAAAUGCCUGAGGAAUUUUUAUGGUGAUGGCUAGAAGUUAGAAAAACUUGUUGUGCAGUGGCCAAAAGGGCGUAAAAAGGACGAUUUUUCCACAUUUUCUUUGCAAAAUCGAGUGGGCCUGGAAAGUAGAAUGGAUUCAGCAGAAUCCUCUGAUACAAGCACUCCAGAUUCUGCCACGGCCAAAAGAGAGAGGAAUUUUCCUGUGUUAGAUUUGAAAGACCAAACAACCCUGUCAACCGAUACCCAUCCAGUUUUAAUAGUUCAAAGUCCAAAAACUCCAACAUUAUCCAGAAAGUUGAAAGCAGUCAGUCUUGAUAGCGAACCUCAGCAACAAACCAGUACAUUAGAGCUAUCCAGAGAUGUUUUCUCAAUGCCCAACACCCCCAAGAAACAAAUCAAACAGAAACUAUCUUGCGACUUCGACGACGGACCUCCAAAAACCACCCUAGCACCUUUCCAGCCCAGUUCGAACCUCAAAAAAUUCGCCUCGAACAACAGCAUCAGUGGCUCACAAACUUUAAAAACCCUACCUGAAAUCAAUGCUUUGCAAGACUUCUCCGACUGCCCCAACCCAGAACCACAAAAAGUUCGCACAAAGGGACUGUUGGAAAGGCGAGGCUCGAACGCUAGUUUGACUAUAGAUUUGGGAUCGAGUCAGAGUAUUCCGGAGGUGAAACCAGUGCCUUUGAGCCGACUCAAUACUGCUAAGAGUGUGUCGAAUUUGUAUUUGAGUUCAAUGAGUGCAGUUGAAAAAUGUGUUUGUGUUAAAAAGACUAUGGUGGAUCUUACUAAGGCCAGUACAGUAAGUACAACAACAAGCAGCAGUAGUUCAGAGCGCAGAAAGUCUCAGGAAGCUUGCGGCAACUGCACCAUUUACGAGUUCGAGCCCAAACUUAGCUCGUGCAAGAGUCGUUGCCAGUAUCUGAAACGGUGUCAUUGCUGUGCCAAAUCUCGCAGGAAAUCUUUGUCGAACGAGAACCUUUAUGUACCUCCUUGUGGCUUCUGUGAAGGGGAAAACAAAGAAAGCACAGAUAUACGAAACGGAAAAGCUAACAAUCGCAAAGCAUUGUUUCCAAGGCAGCCAGAUUUGGACUCGUCUCAGCUUUCCGAUGAGUUCAAGUUGCACCUACAAAACGUACAAUACCUACAGACAGCUGGUAAAACUAUGACCAUUGACGAUUUGAGGCAAUCUUGUGAGCGUAUACCAAAACUUCAGCAAGAAUUCUGGGAAGUUCCGUUGAAUUUACAAGAAAAAUGUUACGUUUCUGGAAGCCAAAGUAAAAACAGAUAUAGAGGAGUGUUACCUAAUGAGCAUAGUCGAGUACAUCUUGUAGGCAGUGGCAGUUAUAUACAUGCUAAUUACAUAAAGGGUCCAGAUUAUACAGAAACUGCUUAUAUUGCUACACAAGGACCAUUGGCUCAUACUUGUAUAGAUUUUUGGGAAAUGGUUUGGCAUUCACAAUGUAAGUGCAUAGUCAUGCUUACCGGCCUAGUAGAAAAAGGCCGUAACAAAUGCGAGCUCUACUUCCCUCUAGGUAAAAAAUCACACACUCAAGAAAAAACUUUUUUCUACGUAAAAACCGCAAAAAUUCGUGACAAAUUCACAUUCGACUGCGGCUCAACCAACACCAAUACGUACGACAUUGAAACUUACGAGUUUGAAGAAAAAAACGAAGUAACGUUCGCCCAAUAUCGUAUAACUUACGCUGGAAGACGGGACUUGGACGAGUGUCAAAUUAGACAGUUGGAACUUAGGAGGACGGACUUGAAUGCGGAAACGAGAACGAUUCAUCAUUAUUGGUUGUCGAAUUGGCCGGAUCAUAAAAAGACGAGCGCUGAGCAGGUUCUCAAGCUGGCCGUGGACGUUUUGGGGUAUCUGGAUAAUGGCAAAAGUGACAUAUCAGAAUCUCCUAGUACAAAACCCAAAGAGCACAUGGAAGCACAACAAAUUGAUCUCAAAGAAGUAGACAGCUCUAUCAGAGUGCCUACAAAAAACUAUCAAGAUAUCAGUGAUUGUAGCACGAAUAGUAGCCAAAAAAAACCUUUCAAUUUUGACAUAGCAAAUAGUGACAAUUGCAUGGAAACUACAGUAACGUGUAGUGACACGCUACAAGUGACCCAGUCUCACAUAGAGACUGAAACUUCGAGAAGUAUAACCUUCAACAAUAAUCAAACUUCUAACUGUAAAUUCAGUUUUGGUGAAUCAAGUAGAAAUCAAUCGAAAUUUAAUUACCAAGAAUCGAAUAAUUGUAGCAGUCAAAUCAGACACGAACUAAGCCAAACAAAACGUGACGUGUCUAUAUCGGACUUUAAUAAAGAAACUUUAGCUAAUCGGUGCAGCUUGGACUCCAAGCUUCAGAAUCUCAAUAAAAUGACCGAAUUCAAAAGUCAUUUUAAAAGGGAAUUGGGUCCGUUAAAAGUCGGACACGAACGAAAAAAAUCCAUGGAACAUAUUCGGCUUCCUAUUAUAGUUCAUUGUAGCGCCGGUAUCGGUCGUACCGGUUGUUUUUUGGCCAUCUUAAACGGAAUCCAGCAAUUAAGGUUGAAUAAUACUGUAGAUGUUUUAGCAAUUUUGUGUUCGUUAAGAUUAAAUAGGGGCGGUAUGGUACAAACUGCCGAACAAUAUGAACUGAUACACAGAGUGUUGAGUCUUUACAUUGACACGAUGUGAGUUUGAGUAAAUUUUGUUUGUUAGAUUUGUUUUGUUGUUUCUUAUGUAUAAUUUAGUUGAACAAUUUGUUUUUUGAUUGGUGCUACAGAGUGCAAUAUAUUUAUUAGAGAGUUAUUAGACAUUUCUAAUGUUGUUGCAGUAUUUAUAAAUACUGCAACUGGUGGCAUUCCUAAUAACUCUUCAUUAUUUGCAAUUUAAGUAAAACCUCAUCUCUAAAAUCCAAAUGUAAUUUAUUUAUUUAUCUACUAUUUAUGUUGUUAGAAUGUAAAUGAAAUGAAAAUUCAACUGAAAAUCUACUGAGCCAAUUCAAGAAUGAUUUUGUAUUGUUAAAAAUUAUUAUUAUAUGUACAGUAUAUGAUAUAAAGGCUUAUGUAGAUUUUUGGUACAAUUAUUACAAUUACACCUAAAUGUGUUUCAUUUGACUAAUUAUUGUUUACCAUUAAAAAGUAAGUUCAGCUUUAGCCCAAACGAUUCUUUAUUUUUAUAGUUAAUAAAAUCAUAUUUGUAUAUUUUUUUUUUUUUUUUUUUGAAAAAACUAUCUAUGUAUUAUGUGAUAUAAAUAUUUUUUACCCUUAAAUCUUGUAAAUAUUUUUAUAUUUUUUUAUAUUAUUAUGUUGUUGUUGAUUCUGUAUGAAACUUAUAUGUAAAUGUUUUUAUUGUCGGAUAAUUUAUGUGGUGGUUGAUUAUAAAAAUAUUAAUUUAAUUGUUUUAUGUAUCAACAAACAAAAAAAAAAUUAAAGAAAUAUAAAACAUUAUUUAAGCAAUACACACAGGGUUGGUAUUUUGAAUUUUGUUAUUUCUUUUAAUAGUGCACAAUGAUUUGUGAUACAUAAAUAUUCGAGAAAUUUCUUACCUACCUUUUUUAAAUAGGAAAAUUUUGAAAAAUAAUCAGAUUAGUUUUAUAUAAGUCGACAUUACCUCAUAUCAGCUUUAUAAUGCAUAUUUGUAAAGUGCAGCACUAUAAUAGACAAACCUAUGGAAAUAGAAUGAGCUGUAAAAAAAUAUAUUGGUUUCAAAAUGUGGCAAACAUUUAUUUAUUUAUUUUUUUUGAUAAAGAAGGUCAAUCAAGCUCCGGACAACUAUGGACUGUCUUAACAUUUUUGUCUAUUAUAAAAUAGUGCUUUAUAUUUAUUUAUAUUGCUCUAAUCUCUUUUUAUUUUGUCAGAGACAAGUCAUAUUGAGUACAUGGAAUUUGGAAAUCCAAAAAUGGCGAAAUUUCUAAAAGAGUGAAUUUUUUACCAUGAUGUUAAGCUUAAGUCGCAAAACAUAUUAACUUCCUAUAAUGAUUAUUUUCAUAGGUUAAUCAAAAUGAAAUCCUAGCAAAUUGUGUGGUUGUCUUAAGUAUUAUACUUAGCUAUAAUAUGUCAGUGUAGAUCAAUAUUUUUUUUGGUAGUACAAAUUAUUUAUGUUUUCUUUUUUUUUUUGUAUUAGUAAAUCUUGAGUAGAGAAAUUGUCGAGUGAAUGUUUCACAAUAAGUGAAAAAAUUGGACAAGAAGAGAGUACUUGGAUGUUAUACUGAAUUACUCAUUUUAUUCAUUUGGAUUGUUUUUGCCUGUUGCUUCUGUAUAAAUCCAUGCUCUCUUAAAUCUUCAAUAAUGUUCAUAUACAUAUUUGUAUGUAAACUGAAAAAUUAUAAUGUUAGGUGUAUGUGCCAUAUUAUUCUAAUACAUACUAACAUGUCGAACAAUACCAAUACUUAUUGCUGCAUUUUGGCAGAUAUCUUCUUUUUUUGUAUAAGCAACUUUUUGGAUAACAUCUUCAAGAAUUGAUAAAUAAAUAAAUAAUAUUAAUAAUAAACAUCCUUUCAAGGGAUUCGUAUUUGAACGUUUUUUAAUUGUGUCAAAUAAAUAAAAUACAUAUGAAUUAA